UACGUUCUGCACGCAAUGACUAUCAAAAUAAUAAAUUCUACUACUACUAGUACAGUCAGGAUUAUAAAAACAGAUCUUUCCGUCCAGAGUCCAAUCGUUGCGUUGAAAAUGGUGAUUGAUGAGGCGAGGGAAUAAGAGUCGGGCCUGAACUGAUAUUUUUAGGCUUUCUGUUACUACGUGAUAUCGUGCACAGUUUAGUUAGAGUUGAUCACUAUGGCCCAUAUGGAUUGGCACAAUCUAGUGCUACUAGCGGUUCUUAUCAGUGUAAUAGCGAACAGCACGUAUGGAAUCCAGCAAGGAUACUCGCCGUACAAUGAUUGCAAGACGGUAGAAUCAGUCGGCGCUGAGAAACCACGAUCGUCUCUCUGGUCCACACCGUCACAGCUUCGACUGUCUGUUACAGGUUGCCAAGGUGAAAUGGCCCUGACCUGGGUGUCAGCUGCACAUCUUCUCGACAUCUCUGUGAAAGUGGGGAAAUCCCGGACUGCUCUGAAUGACGUCAUCAUUGCAAUGGCCAAUAUUACCAUGACAUCGUACGCAAAGCCGAGUCGCAUCGGGGAUAGUCCCAAAAUCUAUCACACGAUUUUGCGGCCGCUGGAGCCAAAUACAAGGUACUUCUAUCAGGUAGUGUCGGGCGGUGACACAGGUAACAUCCACUAUGCCACGCGGAGUAAAGUGUACUCAUUCACCACUGCUCCAGCAGCCGCAGUCCGCACCAGCAGCAGCUCGCAUCCGGCCCCCUCCUCGUAUCCAGUGCGAUGGCUCUUCUUGGCGGAUCACGGCACGAAACCCGAGUCCCAGAUUACGGCCAUCACAAUGCGCAAGCUCGCCAAUCUAGCUGUGUCCGCCAGCAUGAAGCCAGACCUGGUGAUCCACGGUGGGGAUAUGGCGUAUGGCAACGGCGUCGACUAUCAUUGGGACGAGUGGGGCAAGUUUAUGGAGCCCAUCACCGCCACCGUGCCAUACAUGGUGGUGGCUGGAAAUCAUGAGCUAGUGUCGGGCGACUCCGGUGGAGAGAAUGGUGUGCCGUUGAUGCAUCGCUUUCAUAUGCCCUAUCCAGACCAUAUGCCCGCGGUGGAUCACAAUAGUACUCUGGACGGCCGCGCUUUCUGGUACUCGUUUGACUGGGGCCCGGUUCACUUUGUAGCUGUGUCAACGGAGCAUGACACCGACGCGGCACAGAGGGCAUGGCUACGGGAAGACUUGAGCAAUGCCUCCAGUAGCGAGCACGUCGACUGGAUUGUCACGUUUGGACACGCACCCAUAUACACCAGUAACAUUCGCCACGGCAACAAGACCACGUUGCGAUCUUGGCUGGCACCGCUGCUGGAUGAGUUUUCGGUUGACCUGUCGUUGUGGGGGCAUGACCAUUCCUACGAACGGUUAUACCCUAUACACAACGGCAAGGUCACAUCACAAUCUUAUGACAGCAAUCGUGGAACUGUCCAUGUUAUCUGUGGCAGUUCUGGAUGGCAGUUGCAUGACUGUUGGAAAGCAACCGCCAUGUCAGCAUUCCAUUCAGCCAAUUCAUGGGGAUUUCUGUCCCUGAACGUGUUCAAUUCAACUGCCUUGCAAAUAGACUACGUGAGCAAUAGCAAUGACUCUCACGUGCUUGAUUCAGUGGUUGUUCGUCGGGCCUCGGGGCGUGUACACUCACUAUCGUCCAGCCAUGAAGCACCGACAAAGGCCGAGACGGUGCCACCUACGAACUCAUCUCCAGGUAGCAGGACUCCACCACCAACUUUUAACGUUAGUAUCACGAGUACCAGCUCUAGCCGUGGGAUGCUGUCGUCAACAUACUUCCCAACAGGCAUUAGUACCAGCUCACUUUCUCCUGCAUACACCCCUUCCAGCAACGGCACCGACAUUACACACACAGACUCUUCGUUUCGCUACAGGCUGCUAUUUGUCGUUUGGCUGCUUGGUGGCAUUGCUAUUGCGUACAUGAUUUAUACAGCGCUGCUCAGCCUGGGUGUGGUCGGAGCAGAUAGCCCCGGUACUAAACUAGUGCAGCCGGCUGAAAAGAAGCUACUGACUGACCUGAGACAUUCUGAUGAAGAGGAGGAAGAAACACUUUGACCUGUCCAAAUACAAUUAUAGCUACUAAAACAACAAGUACAUACAUACCAGGUAGGUCAGAACACCUUAGUUGUCUGGAGAUUCAGUACAUAGUUAUGGUUGUUGUUUAUAAUUACAGUAUAUUCUAGACAUUGCAUGUCCUUAUAAUCGUAUAAUUAUUAUCUUGAUCUACCUUCUUGAAGUGUACCAGUAUAGUGAAGUCCUCAUUGAAGUUUACUAAGUAACAACUACACCGUAUUCGAGAAACAGGCGGUGGGCCGAAACAGUCAUUAUAGACUCAAUCUGUGUUUAGCGAAUCCCGCAGACUGCAACAAUGUAAUUUCUAGUACUGCUUCGGGUACUCAGUAAUCUUUUCAUCGAAAAAUCUCUACGCUUCAUCAUGCAGCUAUCUAUUUGUAUUUUUGUAUUUAUUGUAUUUCAAGGAUCACCCAAUGGCUCUGGGCCUGUCCAGGGGAUCUCCUACUCGGAAACAUUUAUGUUGGCCUAACAAACAGGGCCGGUUGAGGCAGCUAUGUUGGCCUAUGAAUUUAUACACUGCAGUGCUGUGAAGCCUGUGAUAACAUCGACCGCAAAAAAAAGUGUGAACAAAUUCA